GUUGCACGGGAAUAGGGGACGAGUAUUGAGAUCCGCGAGUUCAGUACAUCAUCUAACGUCUGCUGCCAUCGUCGCUGCUGCUGCCAGGAAGACACGAAAACAUCUCUUGGUAUAAACAGGAAAAGCUAUGACGCGACAAAUCCUCCUAUUGCUGCACAUCAUAGUGCUAUCGUGGGCAAACGAAGAAUACCUUGAACCAUAUCACGAUUACGACCUGACCACCGAGGAUCCAGAUCACCAUUACUACCCGACCACUGAGGAGCCAUACCUCCAUUACUACACUACCACCGAGGAGCCAUAUCAUCACUAUUACGAGACAACUGAAUAUCCAGAUCUUCACUAUUAUGAGACAACUACCUAUGACCCAUGGCUGCCCGAGGAACCAGAAGAUAACAAACUCGUUGAUGUUGAUGUCAACUGUGACAUUUACGACCAUGAGAUGAAAGUUAAGCUCGCAUUUGAACACGGGUUUAACGGAGUUGUCUACACCAGAAAUCACUACGGCGAUAGCUCAUGCAGAGUGUCUGGAGAUGGGUCAAAUUUCGUAAACUUUGACAUUCCGAUAGAAGAUUGUGGAACAACCAACAAAGCAAUGUCUGACGAAGAAUACGCUUCACACCGAGCUGAGAAUGUAAUCGUCAUUAUGAAGCAAGACUGGGGAUUUUUGGUCGACUUGGACGAAUUUUACACAGUCAGGUGUGAAUUCAGCGGAAUGAGAGCAAGAACCGUGAACUACGAUCUCGCAGUCCCAUUACAACAGGAUCGUGCUUCAACGCUGGAGACAGCUACUGUUGGGUUGCCUUCCUGCUGGAUGCAAAUCGUUAAGGGCAAAGAUCCACUGGACUACGGAACCAGCGAGUUGACUUUGGGAGACACUGCUACCCUGGUCGUGUAUCUGCACGACAGUUAUUACUUCGACCUGACUGUCAGCAAUUGCUUCGCUUACGAUCGUUACGACCAUUACGGUGAGAAGCAUACAGCAGUUGACCUGAUCAAUGACGACGGGUGAGUAUAUUUAAGUCGGCCGACAUC